AUGAAGUGUCUUCUCCUCCUCUCAUUCCUUGGCCUUGCUGCCGCCUUCUCCUACAAUGAUGAUGACAAGAUUGUAGGGGGCUACACCUGCCCCACCAACACCGUCCCAUACCAGGUGUCCUUAAAUUCUGGAUACCACUUCUGCGGGGGGUCCCUCAUCAAUGACGAGUGGGUGGUCUCUGCUGCUCACUGCUAUAAGUCACGUAUUGAGGUCAGGCUCGGUGAACAUAACAUUGAGGUCCUGGAGGGAACAGAACAGUUCAUCUCAUCUGCUAAGAUCAUUCGUCAUCCAAAUUACAACUCCUAUUAUCUGGACAAUGACAUCAUGCUUAUUAAGCUGUCCAAGCCUGCGGUAAUAAGCUCCAGGGUCCAGGCCAUCCGUCUGCCCAGCCAGUGUGAUGUGGCCGGCACUCAGUGUUUGAUCUCCGGCUGGGGAAACACCCUAAGCAAUGGAUCUAAUUACCCAGACCUCCUGCAGUGUCUUAACGCCCCUAUCCUGUCUGAUGAGGACUGCCAAGGCUCCUAUCCUGGUCAAAUCUCUGGAAACAUGAUCUGCCUGGGGUUCCUUGAAGGUGGCAAAGACUCUUGCCAGGGUGACUCUGGCGGUCCUGUGGUUUGCAACGGGGAGCUGCAGGGAGUGGUCUCCUGGGGUAUUGGCUGUGCUCUGCCUGGCUACCCUGGCGUCUACACCAAGGUGUGCAACUUCGUGUCCUGGAUUGAAGACUCCAUCGCCCAAAACUAAACAUCUCUAUGUCUGGGAAUGGUGGGAU